AUGGCGACCUAUAUGUUACUUCCGAUAGGAGUUGACCAUAAGAUGUUGACACAAUUACGCUUUUGUUUCCCUGUUAUAUUGUCAUAUUUGGACAUUGGUGUGAAUUGUGGAUCUGGUGCUGUUGUUGGACAACCAUACAAUUUACAAUGUACUAAUAUACCAGCUGUAACCAAUGGUGUCAAUGUAUUUCUGGGUGAUACAAGCAAUAGUAUUAUAUUGUGUCUUGCAUCUAAAAAUUGUAGGCCAAGGGAACCUACAUUAUACAGUGUUCAAUCACCACACAAUGAAUCAUUCUAUUUUACUAUACUGAAAGUAACAUCAGAUGAUAUUGGUAAGAAACUGUAUUGUGUAGAUGAUACAACUCUAGAUCUUUCUACACCAAAACCAAACUGUUCAGUUGAAACUAAAAAACCUAACACUACAGCGUGGAUAAAUAAAGCAAAACCUUACUUUGUGGAUCAAAUUGGAGACACUCUUCAAGGUGAUUUAGAUAUGAACAAUUUCAAAUUUAUCAAUGGCACAGAAAAUGUAGAAACUAAAGAAUUUGAAAUUAACGAUGAAAACGGCAAGGCUAAUCACUUAUAUGAAAUUAAAACGAGUGGAAAUUAUAUAGAUAGGUUUAGAAUGUUAAUCAUACCAGAUAAAGAAAAUAAAGAUCAACUUGAAUUGGGUGAUUUUGAUAUGAUAUUGGAAACGGAAAGUCCACCAUCAGUAAGUAUUAUUAGAAAUCCAGAAGAAGAAAAUAAAAAUAGAAAGAGUUAUGAGUUUUUACGAGCAACAGACAUUGAAUAUGUAAAACUAUAUUUUGUUAAUAAUGAUAUAAUUACCUCAGUUUAUAUUCAUAAAAGUCAACAAAAACAAAUUUUGUUGAUACUAGCAAUAAGAGAUCAUGUGGUAUAUGUUAAUAUAUUAAUCUCUAUUGAAAAACCAAAAUUUUCAGUUCAUCUGAAUAAGAUUAAUGAUUCGAAAGAACAAAUGUCGUUCGUAUCUGUAGAAGUUUUUUUUUAA